UUUUGCUCGAGCUUUUCUUAGACACGAACUGACGGCGAUGUUUUCAAAACCAGUACCGAGAGACGUCACACAGCCGUAGGGUUAAUGUUCCGUUUUUACCCGCCGACACGCACAUUUCAUUUACGUAAACAUUAUCGAUAUUCGGUCCUCUGUUCGUGAGUGAAUGACGACGAGGAAGUCGAAGAGCUUUGCAACGUCCCAUGAUGAAAUCUGCAAGCCGUAGCUGUCACAGCUAGUCAGAAGAUGCACCAUGGCCAAACCGGGAUCAGACCGCGAUGGAGCCAUGGUGGAGAAGACGGCGGGGAAGAAGAGUAAAGAGAAAAUCUCUCCUUUUGUCAAAACUCCGAAGCUGGAUCGGAGUGAAAUCCUGGGGAAAGAGGGGAAGUCAAAGUCUUCCAUGAAACGGAAGCUAUCCUUCACCGUCAGUCCACAGAGGAACGAGGAGCGAGACUCUGACACGGAUGACUCUGACCCCGGGCAGUCGAGUGAUGCGUGGGGAGAAAGAUUACUUCCUACCUGCAGGAUAUAUGCAGACAAAGAUGGUCCGGAUAAGAAGAAAGUUAAGAAGGAGUCGUGCACUAAGAAAUCUACCCCUGUGAAUAUUUUGUUCGGUUACCCUUUGUCGGAGCGUAAGCAGAUGGCUCUUCUGAUGCAAAUGACAGCGAGAGACAACAGUCCAGAUACUACGCCGAGCCACCCUUCUCAAACUCCAACAAUGCAGAAGAAGAUAACUAGCAGCUCGUCCACGCGGCAGAAGGACAAAGUCAACAAGAGGAAUGAGAGGGGGGAGACGCCCCUACAUAUGGCUGCCAUCAGGGGCGAUGUCAAACAGGUGAAGGAGCUCAUCGGCCUUGGAGCGGAUGUUAAUGUCAAAGAUUUUGCAGGUUGGACACCACUCCAUGAAGCAUGUAACCUUGGUUACUAUGAUGUAGCGAAGGUUCUGAUUGGUGCAGGAGCAGAAGUGAACACGCAGGGAUUGGACGACGACACGCCGCUUCAUGAUGCCUCCAGCAGUGGACACAAAGAUAUUGUGAAGCUGCUUUUGCGUCAUGGUGGCAACGCCUUCCAGCUCAACAAGAGAGGAGAGAGACCCGUUGAUGUGGCUGAUUCUCAGGAACUUGAGCAGUUACUAAAGGGAGAGAUCCCACUUUCAGACGUAGAGGAGAGUUCUUCAGACUCAGAGGACCCACCUUCAGUUAAUCCAUCCAGUGUAGACGAGAACAUGGAGUACUCUGAUGCUGAGAAGGACUCCACCACAGUGAAGGCGUCAUCGUCCAUGUCAGGACUGGACGAAUAUGAAUUUAAAGAUGAGGAAGAGGAGGAGGAUCUCAGUAAGGCACUUAACGAAAGACACCUCUUAAGAAGAGAGCUACGGCAAAAGGAGAAAGAAGAGAAGGAAAGGAACCACUAUGCUUCCAAACAGGGCAGCAAAAGCGAGCAGCUGGCUUGCAAAACUAAGAAAACUAAAGCAUCGCGUGUGUACUGCACUUCGGAUAGUUCAAGCGAUGAAGCUGAGGUGCCGUCGGAAAGAAGAAGCUCCCCGACGAGGUCGGUCAGUGUGGAUAGUCAUAAAACGGAGAGUAAAUCAAAAAAAGAAAGCCUCAAUCUCACUCCAUCUGAGCAGAAAGAAAAGUGUAAACAGAAGAAAAAGAACAAGAGCCAAAGCAAAAACAAAGAGAACCAGGAAGUUCGAGAGGAAGUGAAAGAGAACGGCAAAUCUCUUCUGUUUUCUGCAGCGACUGUGUCUGAUAAUUCUGACAAGACCGUCAGAGAAGAGGACUCCUUCAAAAUGUCGUUCAGCGCAAAAGAUGACACCUCUGUCCACCUAUUUCACCUAUCUGUGGUCAAGUCCCCAAAGCUGAACCACAGCCAAACUGACAAGCAAACAACCCCACUGAAACAGGAAAACACUAAGACCUGUGUUUCGAUUGGAGAUGGAUCCUGCCCAGGUGAAAACGUCAAAUACAAUCACUACAUCGAGUCAGACUUCUGCACAGAAGGCUCUAGCAGUAAAAGUUGCAAACACAAGGAGAAAAGCAAGCAUCACCAUAAGGAGCUCAGCUUGGAAGAUGACGGCAGCUCUAGUCCAUUCAAAGACAGUAGUUUAAGCAACAGUAUGGACAGUUCUGAGGGUGUCUUCAGGAAGACGGACAAAGAUGGCAAAGUUGUUAAGAAGCACAAGCUAAAACACAAGGAGAAAGACAAAUACAGGAAGGAAUACGAGGCUGAGAGAAACCGUCACCGGCAAAAAGAGGCACGCAAGGACGGGCAUAGGAAUAUGGAGUUUGACCGGGAGUUUUGGAAGGAGAACUUUUUCAAAAGCGAUGAGAAUGAGGAGAUCACAGGUAAAGGCGAGGUGCUCCAUGGCGGAUCUCCUCUGAAAUCUUCAGAAUCGUCACCUGCUAAAGAGGAAAAAGGGGUGUCAAGGGACAAAUAUUCAAGCAGUAGUAGCAGCAAGGACAGGAGGCCAAAAGAGGAGAGGGAAAAGGACAAGCCUAUAAAAAAAGAGAAAAGAGAGAUGGGCUCCAAAGAUGAGCGAGGAAGAGAUGAACUCGAUGACCGGACUGAGGGUUCACUGCACAUUUCAGGAGUUAAAGAAGAAGCGGAUGACAAACCAAUCACUGGUAAUUCAGCAGACCUAGAUCAACUGGAGUCUGCAGAGAAAAUCCCUCGAGAGAAAAACGAUAAGCGACUGCCAACAAAAGAUCGGGAGUCUGAAAAGUCUGAGAAAAAGCAUGCAGAUAAAGAUAAGAAAGUGAAAUCUGAGCACUUAGCUGACAAGUCGGAAAUGCACAUCUCCACAGAUCGAUGGAAAGAAAAGGAGAAACUAACAAGCACUUCACAUUCACCCAAUGAUAAGAGCCAUAAUAAAGAGAUUGAAAAACUCAAAGCGAUGUCUGCAAUGAAAAAGCAUGAAGAAAACAAGAAGAAUAAAGACAAGCUUGACAAAAGAGCAGAGAAAGAUCAUUCUUCUGGUGACCACAGAGACAAAGAUAAAACCAAUUCGGAAAAGAAAGUGAAGACCACUGAUCAUGGCAAAUCUGACCGCACUAAAGAAAAGGAACGAGAGAAAGACUCCGAUAAGAGGAAAAAAGAAAAAUCUAAAGAAACCACCCCAUCUUCCUCAUCCUACUCCAAUCUUAAGUUGUUACUAGAGGAGAAGAAAGGCUAUAUUUGUGAAAACAAUAAGAUUGCCUCGUCUAAAUCAAAGGAAGAGGGUACAAAGGCUACGGAGAAAGACAGGGAUAGACGAGAGAGGGACCGGGAUUCGGAAAGACAUCGAGACCGCGAGCGAGAUCGACACAAGGAAAAGGACAAAGAUAAAGACCGAUCGCAGCUGAAUAGAGAUGGCAAAAUAAGCAAGACGAAACCAAGUGAAGCCGAAUUCAAAUCUAAGGUUGCACCAAGUCCAAAGGAUGCUCGUCCAAAAGAAAAGAGGUUGGUAAAUGAUGACCUCAUGCAGACCAGCUUCGAACGCAUGCUCAGUCUCAAAGACCGGGAAAUUGAACAGUGGCACAGAAAGCACUUAGAAAAAAUCAAGCAGAAGGAACGAGAACGACUAAAGCAGCGCCCGGGAAUCGAUCUGGGGAAGCAGAAAAGCAAAGACAAAGCCAACACAAAAACAUCCACUUCGUCCGGUGAACCUUGUUUAACGAAGGAAUUGAUGCGCUCCAAGAGCUCCGAGGUUUCAGAUGGACACCGCGAAAAAAGCUUGAAAGAUGCCACUAGUGCAAGAACGCUCUCGCUAGAUGCGAAACAUCUCCCUUCUUCUGGGAAGAACGGACCCUUAUUAGAAAACAGUCUUAGCCGAUCUCCAAGACCAGAGAGUGAAAAGUCUGGUCUUAUGUCAAGAUCAAUAUCCAUGAUCUCUGUGGCAAGUUCAGAAGAUUCUUGUCAUGCCACCAUACUAACACCCAGACCAACUGAAUAUGAUUCGGACCACAAUGUGGAACCUUCAGAUUCCCAGACACCUUUGCUGCAGUCACCUACGGUUCAUGACAAGGAUACCGUCAGUCUUCCGGAUACGGCUCUCUCCAAUCGUACGCCGUUACCAAACAGGCAUGCAUCACCAUGCUUAAGGGCUAUUCUGGAUGAAGAAGCCAAGGCUCUGCCAGUUGAAAUUAAACUGAAUGAAGACCCACAGAGAAUUGGCGUUGCGUUACACCCAAGCAAUGAACAAGCUGCUGAGAUUAGCGCAGCCCCUGUCCUAGAGACUUGCAGUAGUCAAAGCUCCACUGUUGUGUCGGAUGGUUUAAAUCAAAAUUGUAAUGAUGGUGAAGGCAUUACUCUUGUUUGUCAAGUUCAACCUUCGUCAUAUGUGCACGAGUCUACUACUAAAGACCUUAGUAGCCAACUGGCUAACAAUGUGUCUUGCAACCCUGGUAGUCAAAAAGAGCACUUAAGUCUGGGUCAGCUUGAAGUCCCUGGUGCAGCAAUGCCAGAGGGUUCUUUAUUAGAUAUUGUUUCCCAAAGUGCGUCAUGUCAGCCUUUACAGACACAAAAAUCAUCUGACAACCAUGCACCUGUGCAUUCUGGAAGCCACCAAUGGGAAACUGCCCCCAAUUCUAGUAGUGAGCAGACUUUAAGAGAAGACUCUACGGAGCAAAAAGAGAAAACCUCAGUUGAUGCCGAAAACAAAAUCGACAAGAGUGGGGAAAUCAUUAACCCCACAGAAAGCAACCAAAAUUCAUCUGUUGUUUCAUGUAGUGCUGAGAAUAUUAAACCAAUGUUGAAAACAGCCAAUGUCCAAGAAGAUACGGUCAAGGGCACAAGUGUGCAGGAAGAAUGUACAUCCAGGUUCUCCACAGACCCACUGAGUUCAAUUGAUGCUCAACCAGAGAAACACGAGCCGGAGUCUGUGACAAAUACGUCUCACUCCACUAGUCCAGAAAGGGUCCCUGAGGAGCCGAUGGAGUUGUCUGAAGAGGUUUCAGACAAGAACCGAAUUGCAGAGACAAAUGGUGCCAAAAUCUCAUCCUCAGAAGAAGGUGUGAAAUCUUGCUCUCUAUCCGAAACUAAAACCGUUGUAGACCGAUCAGACCAGCUUGCUGUCGAGGACAAGCCUCCAAAAUCGGACCUUCCAGCUAAUGAAGAACCAACUGAGAACAGUGCACAAAUCCAGCACAAUGCUCAACCAGAGUCGUCCAGCGGAGGAACCUCAGGAAGCUCCUCUCCAUCGUCCGUCACGGAGAGAGAUUCCGACACAUCUGGGGCCAGGUCCAAAGUCCGGCUCUCAGAUGAAGACGUUGACAUGCAGGCAACCCAUCCGAGGAAACGAAAGAUGUCUAGGGUUUCUCCCACAGCACAAUCUAGCCUUACGGCUCAGCAGGUCAGAGAGAAGACCCAGCAGUCUUUAGCUGCGAUUGUAGACGCACUGAAACUCGAAGAGAUCCAGCCUUACCAGACGGAGCGAGCAAAUCCAUAUUAUGAGUACUUGCACAUUCGUAAGAAGAUCGAGGAGAAGAGGAAAGUACUUUGUAGUGUCAUUCCUCAAGCUCCCCAGUACUAUGACGAGUAUGUGACUUUCAAUGGAUCCUACCUGCUGGAUGGAAACCCACUCAGCAAGCUUUGCAUCCCAACAAUAACGCCACCUCCUUCACUACCUGAACCACUGAAGGAGAUGUUCAAACAGCAAGAGAUGGUCCGGAUGAAACUAAGACUGCAGCACAGCAUUGAGAGGGAAAAGCUGAUUGUAUCAAACGAGCAGGAGGUUUUGAGAGUUCAUUUCCGUGCUGCAAGAACACUAGCCAAUCAGACGCUUCCAUUUAGUGCCUGCACAGUUCUGCUGGAUGCUGAAGUAUACAACAUGCCCCAAGAAGUCCAGGGGGACGAUGGGAAGACCUCUGUUAGAGAUCGCUUCAAUGCAAGACAGUUUAUGUCUUGGCUUCAGGAUGUGGAUGACAAGUUUGACAAGUUAAAGACGUGUCUCUUGAUGCGUCAGCAGCAUGAAGCGGCGGCGUUAAAUGCGGUUCAGCGUCUGGAGUGGCAGCUAAAACUGCAGGAACUGGAUCCCGCUACUUACAAGUCCACCAGCAUAUUCGAGAUUCCCGAAUUCUACAUCCCACUCGUGGAAGUCAACGAUGACUUUGACCUGACACCGAUAUGACACCACGGUGACCGGCCCGAUACGAAGAUGACAGUGAUGAUGUCAAGAAAAUAGCAAAGCACUUGAUUCGGCGGGGUUCAGUUGGUGUGUCUGUAUGCGUGCAUGUACAGUAUGUUGUGUCACAAACGUACCGUAUUUCCAGAGCUAUAAAAACAAAUACAGCAAGCCGCUUGUAGUCCAUCACAGCGCUGCACAUCAAGGCUAUCGUCUUGGUUCGGUCCGUGUUUUCUGUUCCAGUUCUGGUUAGGCCGCAUGCACGCUCUCCAUAUGGGCGCCAGAUUGGCACUUACAAACUGCGAGCGUAAAUAAAAUGCACUUAAGCUUGUGGUCCACCAUCCAAACAGUCGACCGAGGGUCGGCGCAGAGGAGUAAUGAAAAACCAGCCUUGAGAAGGUAAAGACCACCGUCGGAAAGAACGAAUUCUCCGUUAAAGAAGGAGAUCUCGAUCCGACAUGUUUCUACAGCGAGUGUUUAUAGAUUAUGUAUAGAUUGUGCUCCUCAUUUUUUAACUUAUUUUAUACAUACUGAUUUGUAAAUAGCCAUGUAAUUAUUGUUUUUAACUUGUAAAAAAAAUGAAAAGGAAACUGAGAGGAAAGAAACGUUAAAGUAAUAAAUAUUUUGAUUGUUUUGUCUAAUGUUCAAUGGACCAAAGUUGUUUUUACAUUGCAGUUCUUUGUUGUUGUGUUUGUUGAUGUUUGCUUAACUCUAAGCAUGUGUUUUUGAAUUACCUUUUCGUUCGGUUUAUUUUCGUUUCAUAUUUUACUGCUCUUUUUCCCUUUGACAUUCAUCAAAGCUGGUGUUUCCUGACUUGUGGUUUCUAUAAUGUGCAUGCUUUCACAGGUUUGUCUCUCUCUCUUUCUGAACAGUUGUACCGUGGUGAGGUUUACUGAAGUGGUCCUGGUUUCUUUCUGCCAUUGUUGUGUCUAUUAGUAACAUCCAUUUCUUGUGUGUUGUCCCUUGUGUCUUGCGCAUAUUUAAAAAAAAAAAAAGAGGAAAAGUUUGUUGUGGUUUCUCCAUAGGACAAACAAUGCCCUUACUUUUACAGUUUUAAUGUGAGAUCACAGCAAAACCUAUUUUUUACAGACGUAAUGCCUUUUGAACGAUGGUUCUAAAAAUAUGUCUAUUUUAAUAUUUACUUGUUACAUGAGGAUGUACAUAUUUGUAAUAUAUAAUUGAAUAAAUUUUAUUUGUUGUGAAAUCAAACA